GAGUUCGCGAGGAGGCGAUCAGCUGUCAGAGUGGGUGCGCGUGCGCAGUACCGGUUUCCGGAAAAGAAUGUGAAGAAGAGCAGCGAGAUGUGAAGAGACAGAGAGAGAGAGAGAGAGAGAGAGAGAAAAAAAAAGCAUGGAACACAUCCUCACACCGAGGGUGAGCCUUCACACUCUAUACUACCCGGAAUAUACUGCAAAUAAGAGGGACGGUUGAACAUGUGAAGCUCUUGGAUCGCUACGCUGCCAAAAAGCCGGCCACUGGAACUUUGUACCUCACAGCCACUCACCUCAUUUACGUGCAGCAUGCUAACAACACACGCAAUGAAUUAUGGAUCUUGCAUCAUCACAUCUCAUCUAUAGAGAAACUUCCGACCACAGCAUCAGGAUGUCCGCUGGUUAUCAACUGCAAAAUGUUCCAGCGUCUCCACCUGCUGCUGCCCCGGGAGAAGGAAGCUCAGGAUGUCCUUCAGUCCCUCCUACGUCUGUCCCAACCAGUAAAGGAUGAGGAGCUCUACGCCUUCCUCUACAACCCCCAGCAGAGUGAAGAAGAGCGGAGGCGGGGCUGGGAUCUCAUCAGCUUUCCUGCUGACUUCAGCAGAAUGGGCCUGCCCAAUGAAUUCUGGGAAAUCAGCGACCUCAACAGUAACUAUGAGCUCUGCUCCACAUAUCCCUCUGUGCUCGCCAUUCCUAAAUGCGCCAGCGUUGCUACGGUAACGGGCAGUGCUAAGUUCAGGAGUCGGAACCGUCUGCCCGCUUUGUCGUAUUAUCACAAAGACACCAAGGCAGCAAUCUGUCGGUGUAGUCAGCCUCUCUCGGGGUUAAAUUCUCGCUGUAUUGAGGAUGAACAAAUGCUGCAGGCCAUCAGCAAGGCUAAUCCCAACUGUCCUUUUAUUUACGUUGUGGACACACGACCUAAGCUAAAUGCAAUGGCGAACCGAGCGGCGGGUAAAGGCUACGAAAACGAGGAUAACUACGCCAACAUCAGAUUCCACUUCCAGGGCAUUGAGAACAUCCAUGUGAUGAGAAGCAGCUUACAGAAACUCCUGGAGUUGUGUGCACAGAAAACCGCGUCGAUGAGUGAUUACCUGACCGGUUUGGAAAACUCCGGCUGGCUGAGACACAUCAAAGCCGUGAUGGACGCCGGAGUCUUCCUCGCUAAAGCAGUGGGGGAUGAGGGAGCGAGUGUGUUAGUGCACUGUUCUGAUGGAUGGGAUCGUACAGCUCAGGUGUGUUCUCUCUCCUGCAUCCUGCUCGACCCCUACUACAGAACCAUCAAAGGACUCAUGGUUCUGAUUGAAAAAGAAUGGAUUGCUUUUGGACACAAAUUCAAUCACAGGUGUGGUCAUUUGGAAGGUGACCCUAAAGAGAUCUCGCCCGUGUUCACACAGUUUGUGGAGUGUGUGUGGCAGCUAAUGGAACAGUUCCCCUGCGCCUUUCAGUUUAACGAACGCUUCCUGCUCUCUAUCCAUGAACACGUUUACUCUUGUCACUAUGGCAACUUCAUCUGCAACAACCAGCGGGAGAGAGAGCAGCUACGGAUCAGAGAGAGGACCUUCUCGGUGUGGCCGUUUCUUCUGGAACAUCAGGACGAGUUCAGGAACCCACUAUACAAACGCACUACACACAACGGUUUACUGAGACCCAACACGCUGCCACUGUACUUCAAGUUUUGGUGUGGGAUGUAUAACCGUUACGAUAAAGGGAUACACCCGAGACAGUCCAUCUUGGACACGUUGCUGUCCCUGAGUGUGAGACAGACCUACGAGGAGAAGACGAUGACGGAGCUGCAGACAAAGUUGGCUAUCGCUGACGGAGUCCUCUCGGCUACUGAUCGACCAAUCAGCACACUUACUGAUCAGGACGGUCACUCAGAGGCCACGCCCACUCCCUCCUCCUCCUUCGCCCGAGUGAAUGGAGACUCUGAGAGUUUGAGCGACGGCGCUGGAGGAGAGGCAGAGUCGGAUCAGGAAAAAAACGGGAGCAAGCCGAAGGUGGUGGCGAAGGACAGACCUGUUUCUAUGGCAACUCAGAUCUCUGAAGAGGAGGUGGAGGAAACUGAUCUUCUUGGAUCUCCAUAGUAACAAAGCUGACAUUUGUGAUGGAGCUGAAAAAAACCAAAGGGAAGCGACAAAGACGCACUCAGGACACAAUACACACACACACACACACACACACACACACACACACACACACACACACACACACACCUUGAACAUAAUUUAUUACAGUGGCUUUAUGGCAGAGUAAUAGUUUAGCCACACCCCUAAUUGGGGUUCUUAGCCACGCCCCUUUUAAAAUAAUCAAAUAAAACCAAAAUAAAGAAAUUACAAUUUUUUCAGCUACAAAACAAUGAUCAAACAUCUGAGAAAUUCUUGUAAAUUACAAAUAUCCACAUACACACAACAUUUCAGAGAAUUUCGAUUUGGUCCUAAAAAAUACACAGAUGUUUAUAAUCCCAAUGAGCUCAGAGAAUUUCUUGGAAGAUACGUCCCAACAAUUUUACACACUUAGUGUUUUACCCACGUCCCCUUAAAACAUUCUAUUUUGUACCAUUGUAAACAUUAUAGACAUCACUAGAGGAUGAUGAUGAUAUUUAGGCCACGCCCCCACAUAAAUUCCACUCGCUAGACAGGUUGCAGUGCCAUUAUAAUCGAAUUAUAUUUUAGCCACGCCCACAACAUUCCUCAACAUCAUACUUUCUAAAAUAAAUAAAUAAAUAAACAAAGCACCCCUUAAGCCACGCCCACAGAAUGUCAACCUCAGCACAGUCGAGCCGAUUUUCAUUUCGGCGCCUUUAACAAAACGCUUUUCUGAUUAACCCUCUGCACUUUUUCCGCCGGUAACAAAUAUUUUUACGCUACAAAAAAAUCACAAAACAAACAAAGUUUGUGUAGUUUUACAUUUUAUUUUUACAGUUUGUAAAUGUUUUGAUGUUUGUUGGGUUUUUGUGUGUGUGUGUGUGUGUGUGUGUGUGUGUGUGUGUGUGUGUGUGUGUGUGUGUGUGUGUGUGUGUGUGUGUGUGUGUGUGUGUGUGUGAUAAAAUGCAGCUAUGACAUUGUUGCCAAAAUAUAGCGAUGAGGAAUGUUCUAAAAGCUACACACACACACAAAAAGCAACUAUUUUACAGAACAAAAAAUAAUGAUCAAAGAGAGAAGGGAAAGAAAGCACUUUGCGCUGUUUUUACACAUUUUUUUAUUUUCAGAAAGAAUUAUUUGUAAUUUGGAGUGCAUAAAUUUUGUAUUUUGUAAGAUUUCUGUAACACUUAUAUAACCGACACUGAGACUUAUUUUAUCCCAAUGUUACUGUUAGAACACAUUUAUCUCAGAUUUAUAUUUACUUGAUUGACCAACACUGGAGACCUUGUCCACCCUGUAGCUGCAGGACAAGUAAAAAAAAAAAAGAAAAAUGGACAUUUAUCAUUUAAUUGUUGAAUCUUUUUUGUUGUUUGAUGUCCUUUGAUGUAGGAUGUAAACAGGCAGCACAGUGAUACAAAUAUAUACUUCAAAAAGU